ACUUCCUGUACACAUGUUUACCUUUUGUUGAUUUGUUAUAAGUUGGGUACACAUAAACAAAUUACCCAGUAACUUUUUAUUCUAGAGACAUUCGGUUGGAAUUUUUAAGUUUUGAUAUAUUAGCCAUUGUGUUAAUAGUUUUAUCUGUCAUCCCAUGAACAAUUUAUGAAGAAAUAUAGAAAAAUAACUUCUGUUAUAGCCCAUUUCAAGCACACCUGUCAAUUAAGUCAAAAUUAAUUUUUUUGUACUGGAACUACGCCCACUCAAACGGUAGUUAAUUAUUUCAGAAGUCGACCUAAGGGCAGGUUAACGUAGCAAAAUUGCCACGACAAUUUUUCGCCGUGUGGUUACACAACAGCCAUUACAACCAUUAUUAGUAAUAGGGAGUGGUAGUAAUAAUAGGGCCAACACAUUCACCAAAAGUAACAGUAACAACAGUGUAAAUAUUCAAAAUACUGACGUUGUCAAGAAAUUGAACAAGUGUUCUCUUCUGUCCUAUUACAGCAAAAUGUCAGAUUCUCUAUACAAAGUGAUAUUUGUAUUAGGUGGGCCUGGAGCUGGAAAAGGCACACAAUGUCAGAAAAUAGAAAAGGAGUUUGGUUAUGUUCAUUUAUCAGCUGGUGAUUUAUUAAGAGCAGAAAGGAAAAAAGAAGACUCACAAUAUGCAGAAGAAAUAGAAAGACAUAUUAAAGAUGGUUCAAUCGUUCCUGUUGAAAUAACAUGUGCUUUAUUAGCUCGGGCAAUGAAAGAUAGUGGUAAAAGAAAUUUUCUAAUAGAUGGUUUUCCCAGAAAUAAAGAUAAUUUAGAUGGAUGGAAUGAAACCAUGACAAAUAUAGCUAAAGUUUCAAGAGUAAUAUUUUUUAACUGCCCAGAACAAAUAUGUGUAGACAGAUGUUUAGAUAGAGGUAAAACAAGUGGUAGGGCAGAUGAUAACAAAGAAAGUUUAGUUAAAAGAAUAGAUACAUAUACAAAUGCCACCAUGCCAAUAAUAAAACAUUAUAGAUCACAAGAUUUAGUUACAGAAAUAGCAGCAGAGAAGUCUCAAGAUGAGGUCUUUGAAGAUGUUAAAAAAGUUUUUACCAGUUGAAAGUAUAAAAAUGAAUAGGACUUAAAUAUGUAUUAAUUUUGAUAAACCUAUGUCUUUUCUUUCUUCUGAAUCAAAUUGUAACAGGUGCGUUUUAAUCCAUUAUCCAGUAUCCAUUUCUAUGCUUUUCAGUCCUAAGUAAUAUUAGAACAAACUUUGCGUUUUUUGUUAGCCUUUUUUUCACUUAUCCUGAUAACCUCUGCUUUAGCCAAUCAAAUUAUACUAGGCUAAUAGGUUACAAAACAACCAAUGAAAUAGCAUGUUCAACAAUGUUGAGUUUCAGUGCAUUUGUACAAUGUCAAGCAAAAUAGCCUCUUUACUUGUAUCACUGAAUGCAGGGUUUUCAUAAGAUUGUAUGCUAGUGAAUAUUGAUUGGCUGGCAGUAUUAUCAAAUAGAUGAAUGUUUUAUAGUGCAGACUUAGCCCCUAAUUUGAGUGGCUACAAUAGAAAUGAACACUAACAAAAACAGAAAAUUUGAUCUAAUUUUAGACUGAAUGUUUUUAUGACAUAUUAGAAUGGCACAUCCCAUGUCAUAACUUCUUUUAGUUCGUAACUCUUUGUUUUUUUUAGACAAAUGGAAGCUUUGUUGUACAAUAUCGUCUCAGGUUGAAAUUUAAUCCGAUAACUUAUAAGUUGUUGAGAGAUAAGGCAUAUAUUUAUCAAGAUGAGAUAAUGGGAAUUAUUUCAGCAGGGUGCUAUAAAUAUGAAAUUUAUUUAAUUUGGAGUAAACAAAGGUUAUUUAUUGUAGAUUUUUAAUACAUUAGUGAAAACUCAUAAUAGUUCUUUGUAUUCUAUUUGUAUAAAAGAAAUAGCUUCAAUAUC